CUUAUCAAAGUCAGCUUAUUGCACAGCUGCAACAAAAGGUUGAAACCCUUGAGAAUUUUAACCAACAGCUUAUGCAACUAUGGAGAGAAGAUAAUUUGUAUGCUAACCAGUGUGCUGCUCAAUUUGCUACCUUUACAGAGUCACAAAAUUUUUAG